AUGAUCGCGUUGAAGCUGUUGCUGACCAUCAUUUUGGGGAGUGCUUUUGCCCGGCGACUCGAACGAACCAAACUACAGUCGAACAAUUCGCAGAGUUGCCGCGCUUGUGGGUUGGUAGAUGUUGAUCGUAGCCUUGCCAUCUCUUGGGGAAUUUUCCCACCAGUCCCCAUACCUGGAUUCAGUGUCAGUUAUUAUUGUGCGCCAAAAAAGUCGAUCCCAUGGGAGACGGGGGGCGACGUGGACGCCGCCUUGGAAGAAGAUUGUGACUUCUCCGAGGAUUUGAGUGACAGCGACAAACAGAAAUGCCAAGAUCAAACAAAGUCUACGACUUUGAGAGCUACUUAUCUCGGUGUUCCUGCCGCCUUUUUCCGACAAAUGGCCGUGUGCGGCCGAUGCACCCUUUGCGCUGCAUUCGGCAAGGUGCGAGCUUUGUGGAAGAAGAUCAAGGCAGCGGUGCAGAAGGUCAUUGGAUGGCUCAAGGAUGUGAAACGUAGCGUUUUCGGCUACGGCUAUGCACCGGAGUUUGUUCGGGAGCAGAUGCAAGAACGCUUUGACUCGUUCUUUCCUGUUGACGAAUCGGCCGGUUCACUGGCAGAAACCUACGAGAGUGAGACUCAGAAAGGCUGGGAAACCGAAAAAGAAGGCUAUCAUGAAAAGAUGGUUGAAAAGGCGUUGAGAGAGCACUUGUCUGACAAGUCUCCCGAAGAGGCAGAACAUCAUCUUUCCCUUCUGGAAAGACAUGUUGCAGAAGCAGAUCAGCAGGAAAAGGAACUGCUUCAACGUGCGAAGAUAGACUUCAUCUCGCAGACUCAAAGAGUCCAGCAGAUGGCUGAAAUGCAGAUGCCAGGAAUACUUCAGAGUCAUGAUUGCCGUGAAGCAAUCCAAACAAGCACUGCAACGUUGUUGAUUUCUUUGUCGGUGUCUUUCCCAAACAUUGCUGCAGCUAUCACGAGUGCUGUCUUACUGAACUUUGCUGGUGCACUCUAUGCGUUGAUUCCGGCAGUCAGCUUGUCGGCCUUGCCUAGGGGAUUUGAACAUUUGGGCAGUGUCGAUCGGUGUUUGCAGGCCCUGGACCAGCACCGGCAGCCCUACUUGGAUGGCUGCACGCAUGAAGAGCCUUUCAUGGCCUGCACAGCCCGAACCUAUCAGCGACUUAUGGAGAAGGCCUUGAGUGAAAAAUGGUGGCCCUUGAUGCACAAUGCUGAAGGAACCUUUGGUUCGAUCGACCUUGGCUACAAGUACGACGAACUCAUGAACUCUCUCCGGUGCUCUUCCACUGGCAGCUGCUUGGAAAAGGGUUUGGACAAGCUCGGUGAAGCAGACAUGAAAUUCAUUUUGGAGAAUAACAGUGCCAGUGAAUCAGAACGAUUUACGGAGCUUCAAUGUGCUUUAACAGCCAAUCGGGUUGAUUCGGAGGACAUGGGAAAGGACAAACUGCCUGUCUUCUCGGACAAGAUUUGGGCUGCUGCCCUGAAGUCACAUGGUCAAAUAAUGUUGGAUGAGCCGAUGUACACUCGCUCCUGUGUCGAUGUGCUGCCCUAUGUGGCAGCGUAUUGCGCAGCGGAUCUCAAGUGCAUGGAUCCAGACUCCCUGGGUGGCAAGGGAUUCUUUGACUCGGAGGACGUGACAGCGGCGCAGCAAGGCGCUGAACAAAAAGUUGCACCUUUGCGGCUGUUGGCAAAGAAAGAUCACUUGAAGAACAUUGAUCAUUUUGAAGAGAUGUGGCAGGAGUGGGAGUUGGUGAGCUCCGAGUUUGAUGGCUUGAAACCUGCCGAGGAUGCACUUCAGUGGAGCGAGCUUUGGCUUUUGACCAAUGUGAGUCAUGAGGCCGGCCUUGUCUCCUCUUGGCCCGAGAUCCUACAAGCGCUGAAGGGUGAAAGGAAGGUCAAUUGGACCAGCACCAGGCUUCAGAUCCGAGAUUCGCGUUUACAACAGCCUGAACACUUACAGGAUAAACGCUCUCUGUCGCAAGUGGUGCUCAACCUGCAGGAUAUCUAUGAAACCAAGUUCUGCUCACCUGGAGCUUUGGGUGGAUUGAAGGAUGAACACUUGCAAAGAUUGGGUGUGAAAGACCUUACCGCCUUGGCCAUUCAUGAUGUUGUCAAGGAUUCCCUGGUGAAGGGCUUGUGGAAAAAUUGGCUAGUGCUGCAUGUGAAGAUCCAGUGGAAGACCACUGCAAGCAUCAGACUGAAGCGAUUCCAAGAUUUGCUCGCAAAGAGCGCAUGCAGUUGUAUGUGCUAUGACGCCUGUGGAACUUUACAGGCUUCAGCUGUUUCCAAGUGUCAGGCCAUAAACAAGACGAAAUCGACACGUCCGAUUCAAAAGCGGGCGCCAAAGAUCCGUGCCAGUGAAGUUGUGGUGGAUUUGGUCACUGAGCCUGGCAAGAAAACCUUUAAGAAUGUUGAUUUGCAGGUAAUCAAGAAACCAAUGGCUGGAGGUUGUAACCAUCGACUUUCAAUCUCCGGCCGCUAUUUGUGGCCCCCGCUCGAAGGCUUUAUUUCCAAAUGUGACUUGCCCUCAUAUUUCGAGCAAAGUGGAAAGCUUGACUUGAAGAUCACAAUCUGGUCCAGUCCUGAGCGAGCGGAUGAAGUCUCUUGCUGGCAAGACUUUAAAACUCUUCACAGGCCGUACAGUGAUUGGCUGAAUGAGGAAUUUGACCGAUGGUUGGAGCCGGUGGAGUGA